CAAGACACUCGACCCUCGACGCCGCUGGCGGGAGAAACCGCCGCCGGCCCGCGGUCUUCUGGGACUUGUAGUUCGUUGUGCCGAACGCGCGCACUUCCGCCGCCCACCGGAAGCGCCGCCAUUGCCCCGCGCUAGUAGUGCGCUCACGCCGCCCGCCGCGGGAGGCUCUCUGUGCGGGAGGGUAGGCGACAGCCUCCGUGCGGCUGCCCCGGGACGUGGACACGUUGUCUUCCACUGGAGCAGAGUGGACACCCCAAUGUGUGAACUUCGCUAGAAGCCCAGAGUUUCAUUUGCAUGGCCCCUAAUUGGCAUGGAAACAGAGACUUGAGGAGUCAGCAAAGUGAUGAGAUAUGCUGAUCUGUAAGAUUGCCCUGAGCUGAAGAAUCCUGGUGCCCCCGUGACGCAGCAUUGCCCUCAAGUUCCUGUCUGUCUGUGAAGCGGAAUCUCUCGUCCCUGGCACUUUCCACGCAGGAGGCCGGUCAUUCUCUGGUGAGGCUGUCCUGUGCGCUUCAAGAUGCUUAGUACGUCUCUCACCUCUACCCACUAGAUGGUAGCCAGUAGUUUUCCCCUCUACAUCCACCCCUUGCCAAGUUGUGACGACCAUAAAUGUCUUCAGACAUUGCCAGAUGUCCCUUGAGGGCAAAACCACCCCCAGUUGAGAGCCACUGCUCUACAGAAAUGGCCGACUUUCUUACACGUCCUGGAGACAUCUUCCUCUUGGUGGCCUUGUCCUUUCAUUGAGUCUGGCACUCACUGUGGAGGGGUCCCCGAGGAAACAAAGACAUUUUAUCAGGCAGGAUAUCCCCAAGGACUCAGAGGUGACCUCCCUGCAGCUGGUCAUGGAAUAGACCUUUCCUUAGGAUGUGCAGGACGUGGAGAACUCAGGUCUGCGGAGUCAGCCGCUUGUGUGCUGGCCAUGUGGCCACCCCAUGUUGUGGAUGGAUGGAGCUUUUGCCUUUUUGGGGGGAGGUCAUUUUAUUCUUUGAGUUUAAUGCUGCAAGUCAGGUAAACGUGUGCUCACACCAACUCUAAGAGACUUGAACGUUGAACGUUUGUUCACAGACUUAUGUUCUGCCUUAAACAUUUUUUAGUGGGAUAUGAAUGGUUUUCCCCCCCAAAUUCCUUAUUUGACCUCAAUUCUGAUCAUUCUGGCGUUCCAUCCGUUGCCUGUGCGUUGCUGCCGUAUCUCCUGGUCGGGUGCCAGGUCAGACACAGCCCUGCGGUGUGAAGGCAUCAUCUUCUGUGUCAGCAUGGAAAUAGCUGCUCAGCUUGCUUUCUCUUCAUUUUCUAGUUAUUCUGAGAGGAGUUGAAUGCUUGUUUUGCCUGAAGAACUGUAAGUUUGUGUGAGGAAGAGAGAUUGGGACCCACUGCCUAGAUUGUGCCCAGAAGGAGAGCGUCCUUGCAGAGUUAAGGGAGCUCUCAGACCCCAGCUGUGUGUCGAAGCAGUAGGGUUCCCAGAAGAGACUGUCUUGGAAAUAAGAGCUGGCGGGAAGCUGCCUUGGAGGGUUUCAUGGUUCCAGUAGCUGCAGGUGGUGCUGGCCCUGUGUUCCUGCUGGCAGUGUCCAGGAGCGGCCCCCCAACGCACGCUCUCGGGAGCUCAGGACCUAAGAGAAACCCCAGCACCUGGAGAACCACAAAGAGGAGAUGAUGCUGGUGGAAGAACUUACCCAAGCAUUUGAAGACAAAGCCCUGCCUUCUGAGGAUCUCUGCCCUCUUCACGACAACUUUUUCAGCUAUGAGGAGGAAACAGAAGCGCAUUCUCAGCCGGUCCCAUCCCAGCCCCCUGUGAGCUUCAAGGACGUGGCUGUGACCUUCACACGUGAGGAGUGGGGACAGCUGGACCCAGCCCAAAGGAUGCUGUACCGUGACGUGACUCUGGAGACCUGCAGCCACCUGUUCUCCCUGGGGCUUCUGCUUUCCAAACCGGACAUGAUCUCCUGGCUGGAGCAAGGGGAAGACCCAUGGAGGGCGAGGCAGGGACCCCCCCAAGACUGGAAGACUACACUUGAAAAGAAAGAGCCAACUUCCAAAGAGGGUACUGCUGCAGAGGAUACAUCCCACCACGUGGAAGUGAAACACUGUGUCUGGGAAGAGGGCUUCUGGUCCCUGUCAUUAGGAGAAGAGCAGGAUUGGAGGGACCAGCUAGGAGAGCACCAGGAGGACUCUUGGAGUCAAACAAGACUCAUGUCAGAGAGACUGUUUGCUCAAGGGGAACAUUGUGAGCAUGACCUUUGGGGAAGUUAUCUGAGCUUAAGCCUUCUACCUUCAACAUUACCCAUAAGAACACAUUUCCAAAAGUUCAAUGCACAGGUUAAAAAGUUGAAACAGAAUUCAGUUUUCAUUAAUCAUCAGAAAGACUGGACUGACUUGAAGCCCUGUGAAAGUCAUCAAAGUGUUAGAGCCUUCUGUCAGAGCAUUUACUUGAAUAAACUUGCAAAUGGUGAAAUGGGAAAUAAAAAACCUUGUGAAUAUACUGUCAGUAGUGACUCUUUCAACUGUGAUACCUCCCUUCAUUUUCAUAAUAUAAUUUCUUCAGCAGAGAACAGUAAUGACUGUAAGGACUAUGGAGACAUCGUUAACCAUAGCCUAUCUCUGAGUGAACACAAGCCAAUGCAUUUUGGGGAAAGUCAGUGUGAGUGUGACGAAUGCCUUGUACAAACUGAAAUAAGAGAUCCUGGAAAGGUACCAUUCAGGUAUGAGGAGGACUGUGAUGCCUUCCAUGUGGCCUCAUCUUUUACUGACUGUGACAUUCAGACCAGAAAGAAGCCAUGUGCCUGUAAUCAGUGUGGAAAAUCUUUCAGCUGUUGCUCUAAGCUUGUUGUGCACCAGAGGACACACACUGGAGAAAAGCCCUAUGAAUGUAGCCGGUGUGGGAAGUCUUUCAGCCAGAGCUAUGACCUUGUCGUACAUGAGAGAACUCACACUGGAGAGAAGCCCUAUGAAUGUAACCAGUGUGGGAAAUCCUUCACCCAGAGUUCCAAACUUAUUAGGCAUCAGCGAACUCACACUGGAGAAAAACCAUAUAAAUGUCAUGAAUGUGGGAAAUCUUUCAGGUGGAACUCUAACCUUAUUGUACAUCAAAGAAUUCAUACUGGAGAGAAGCCUUAUGGGUGUGCUCAUUGUGGAAAAUCCUUCAGCCAAAGCUCUGACUUUGUUGCACAUAAAAGGACGCACACUGGAGAGAAGCCCUAUGAAUGUAACCAGUGUGGAAAAUCCUUCAUCCGAAGCACUCAACUUAUUAGGCAUCUGCGAAUUCACACUGGAGAGAAGCCAUAUAGAUGCAAUCAGUGUGAUAAAACCUUCACUGGGAGCUCUCACCUCAUUGAACAUCAGAGAACUCAUACUGGAGAGAAGCCUUUUGAAUGUGAUCAGUGUGGGAAAGCCUUUACUGGGAGCUCUCACCUUCUUUCACAUCAGAGAAUUCAUUCUGGAGAGAAACCAUAUGAAUGUAAUGACUGUGGGAAAGCUUUUCGGCAGCGAUCACAGCUUAUUGUGCAUCAGCGAACCCAUACUGGAGAGAGACCUUAUAAAUGCAGUCAUUGUGGAAAAGCCUUCAGCCAGAGGUCUCCCCUCAUUGUGCAUCAGAGAACACACGUUGGAGAGAAGCCCUAUCAGUGUAAGAUGUGUGUUAAAGCUUUCAGUCAGAGGUCACGCCUUAUUGAACAUCAGAGAACACAUACUGGAGAAAAGCCCUAUGAAUGUGUCAACUGUGGGAAAGCCUUCAGUGAUCGAUCAACCCUUACAAAACAUGAGAGAACACACACUGGUGAGAAACCCUAUGAGUGUAAUCAUUGUGAAAAGGCCUUUAGCCAGCGGUGUCAACUUACUAGGCAUCAGAGAAUUCAUACUGGAGAGAAACCCUAUGAAUGUAACGAAUGUGGGAAAUCUUUCAGUUAUAAUACUUCCCUUGUUCAACAUGAGAAAACUCAUGAGAGAGAAAACCUAUGAAUAAUCAAGAUGGAAAAGCUUACUGCCAGACCUACUUUACUAGACAUCAGAUGACCAAAGUAUGACUGUCAGAAUGUGGUCUAGUGACCACAUGCAUCAGAAUUGCUUGGUGUGUGUGUUGAAACUGCACGUUAUCAAGCUCACCCUGAUCUACAAAAUCAGAAUCUCUAGCAUUAAAACCCAGGAGCCUGCAGUUUCCAAAAGCAGCACAAGUGAUUUGUAUGUACACUAAAAUGUGUUUACUUCUGAAUUUAGGUGAGAAGCUAUGAUCGGGACCACUGAUGAAAAACUCAGUCAGAGCUCUUAACAGGACUUGGGUACAAUGCCAUUCUGAAUUCCCUACCAGAUAAUCUUUUUAGUGCAAACAACCAGCCAAACUUAAUCAGAUGUUGUCCCUGUAACACAUUCCUAGAAAUGAUGGGGGACUGGAAGAUAUUCCUGAUACAGAGUCCCAAACAUUUCAUCAAAGAAGAAAUCAUUGCAUGAGGAAGUUGGUGUUGAGUGAUGAACUAGAAAACCAGCCAUUUUCAAUGUAAACCAGCAAUUAACAACACAAAUUGAAGGAAGACUAAGGAUGGGAAGUCUUCUGAAAUGGUUUUUAUUAGAAUUAAAGGUAGACUCUGAGUAUUUCAGGGACUCUGUUCUACUCUAACUCACCUUUGUUGCACAGUUAGGUUGACUGUAAUCAGAACUGGGUGCAUAGCAAUAUGAAAAAUAUCAGGUGAAAUGAAAACAGGACCCAAAAUAGUAUGUACACAAAACAUUACAACUACAUAAAAACGUGUACAUAGAUGGUUAAGAAGGUCAAUUGAGCAGCGUGUUCAAAAAACGGCUGAAAUGUAAAUCAACAAUGGUGAACAACAUGGGAGAGGCCAUUACUGCAAACUUGAGCAAGAUGAAAGCAGGUAGGAGAUGUCACCUGAAGAUGCAGAGUGGGAAAGGCUGAAGCCAGGAGCAUGAAGAGAGGACUGCAGCUGUGGUGGUCAUGGGACCCCCACAGAGCUGCCGACUGACAGGUGGAGCAGGAGAGAAGAGUUAAUUGAAGGUCUAGCCAUGAAACUCCCAAGUUUUCUCCCCCGACCUCCCCUUUUUUUCUUGUCUUGCAUUAAGUAUCUGGCUGUGGGUAAGCAAUAAGUAAAGAAGGGAAUGAGUUAUAUGCUAAAAAAUUAGUCUGGAGGAGUAGGGAAUCUGGUGUAUUAUGCUCCUGAACAAGGGCUGCCUUGUUUUGGCAUUUCAAGGACCUUCUAGUUCUUGCCCUUUUCCCCCUAAAGCAAGGUAUGCCAUUAAACUGCCUCCCCCCAUC